AUGACGGUUGUUGUGACUCUGACCUCCAGGUUGGGAUCCGUUCUCCCAAAGCGGGUCGGUUCUCCAUCAGGUCCUGGUUCCGGAUCAGAGGCUGGUUCAGAGUGUCCGGGUCAUGAGGUCCUGUUUGGAGAUCUCACUGUGUGGUUGUAUGUCCGCAGGAACACCCGCCGUACGGCUGAGGUGUGGAUGGAUGAUUUCCGUCUCUUUUACUACUCAGCUCGGCCUGCAGCUCGAGGAAAAUCCUUCGGCGACGUCCGAGGACGAGUGGAACUCCGGAAGAAGCUGAAGUGUAAAUCCUUCCGCUGGUAUCUGGACAACGUGUAUCCAGAGCUGAAGGUCCCAGAUGACUCAGAUUCACGCUCCGGCGCCAUUAGGCAGAGGCAGAACUGUCUGGAAUCUCGCCGUUUGGAGGGCGAGGACACGCCGGUCCUCACGCUGGCGCCGUGUGCAGGGAAGGGGGGCGUCCCUGCAGACGGUCAGGUCUGGGUCUACACCCACAGACAGCAGAUCCGGCAGCAGCAGAACUGUCUGUCCCUGUCCACCACCUUCCCCGCAUCGCAGGUCCUGAUGCUGCCCUGCAGCGCCGAGGACGGCAAGCAGCGAUGGCAGAAGUCCGGAACUCACCUGGAACACAUCGUGUCCCGGUUCUGCUUGGACUCGGAGAUGGCUCUGGACGGGAUGGAGUCGUCCCGGAUGCUGGUGAUCAGCCCAUGUGAACUGAGCGCGUACACACAGAGAUGGGAAGUUCCCUUCUCCUGACCUCGGACCCGACUGGACCGCCUCUGCGGGCAGAACCGGACCCCCUCGGUUUGGAGUCGCUGCACAAAGAUCCAGACGAGCUUCAGAGCCGGCUUCCUGUCGGAGUGGGGAGGGGUUCAGAACUGGGAUGAACCGGGUCAGAACCAGCUUUAGAACUGGGUCAGGAGCUGCAUGAGGAUGUAUCUGACAGACCCAAACAGCCGUUUGUGGAGGUUCAGUCCAAUCAAACGAAGCACACCUGAGCCAUGAAGAAAACUUUAUCGACAUUUUUACACCAGAACAGAAACGCGUGAAUGAAAGAAUAAACGUUCAAACAUUAAACA